UUUCCAGGUCUGCAUUGAUCAAGCGUUGCUGACACUGACAACACAAGGUAGCAGCCAUGCAGACUAUUAAGUGUGUGGUCGUCGGUGAUGGUGCUGUGGGUAAAACUUGUCUCUUAAUUUCAUAUACCACAAACAAGUUCCCAUCAGAGUAUGUUCCAACGGUAUUUGACAACUAUGCUGUCACAGUUAUGAUUGGUGGGGAGCCGUACACCCUAGGGCUAUUUGAUACAGCAGGACAGGAAGACUACGAUAGAUUACGACCCCUUAGCUAUCCUCAGACAGAUGUGUUCCUUGUCUGCUUCUCAGUGGUCUCCCCAUCUUCAUUUGAAAAUGUGAAAGAAAAGUGGGUACCUGAAAUUACUCAUCACUGUCCCAAGACUCCAUUCCUACUUGUGGGGACACAGAUCGACUUAAGAGAUGACCCCUCCACAAUCGAGAAGCUCGCAAAAAAUAAACAGAAACCAAUCACUCCAGAGACAGCUGAAAAGCUGGCCCGAGACUUGAAGGCAGUUAAAUAUGUGGAGUGUUCCGCACUGACACAGAAAGGCCUAAAGAAUGUAUUUGACGAGGCGAUAUUGGCCGCACUGGAACCUCCGGAGCCCAAGAAGAAACGCAAGUGUGUGCUGCUAUGAAAACCCUUCAGUGGUCUCCCCCCUCUCCAGAGCUGGUGUCGGCAUCAAACUAAAAAAAAAAUAAAAAAAAAAAGAUAAUGUUUAAAUCAAACUAAAGAUUAAAUAUAAACUUUUAAUUUUUUUUUUUUCACAUUCAUGACAAAGGCCCUGAACUAAUCACCACCCAAAAGCCAGUGGUGAUACCUGAAAAUACAAGCCCAGCUCCAUUAAGUCUCGUAGAAAAGAUUAGUUUGAGCGAUUUGCAUAUCCACCGAAAAACAAACACUGAUUAUUGCUAGUUUUUGUUGUUUCCCCCUCCUGUCUUUUUUUAAUUUUAUUAUGUAUUUACAGUUGCUAAUGUCUUAUAUUAAAGAACAAGGCAUGCUUCAUCUAUAACAGACUAAUUUUAAACCUGUUUUAUCUGUCCAUCUCUUACAUCAAGCUGAUAGGAGACACCUUUAAUACACAAAAGCAGGCAGGCUGAAGAGGUGGUGUACACUCUUACUGCAUUACAGUAUGGGGGGGAGAUCAGAUCAAAGGCAAUGCCACCGACCCAUUGUUCCCGGGCCCUCAAAGGGGCACCCUAGGCAAAAUUAUUCCUCCUGAUGGGGAACUGUUAAGGAGAUACUGUCACC